CUGCUUGCCCACCCUGCUUUAACCCAAUCCUCCACUACCCCUUUAUCUUAUUUGAAUUAUUUUCCUCACUAACAUCUCUUCUCUGUCUAUAAUAUGUUUCCAUACAUCCUCCAAAAUAUUUUCCAAAACAUUGAUACCGCGUUCCGAUCUGAUCUUCUGUACUUUGAAUAUCUUCCCUUGUUCUAUUUGCCCUAUGAAGCCCCUUUGUGUUUGUUUUAUUACUCAUCUGGAGUACUUCUUUGACUUCGGUUUCGCAAAUGUUUAACUUUUACUAUUUGUUACUGUGCUGUCUACCUAUUGAAUUACUUACUGUUUAACUGCAGUUUAAUGUUAACUCUAGAGCUUUUCUCCCGGCCUCCGCUGAAAAAGGACGCAUGGUGAGAUGGACAUACCCGCUUAAAUAAUCUUUCUGUCCCAUUAAUAAAUAAAACGGCAAAAAUGGUUGCACAAGCAGGAAUUGACAUCAGCAACGCUCCUCGCUUAUCUUUACAAGUCAUGCCCUAGCACGAUGAAUAGGACACUAAUCUCCACAAUUAGUUUUCUUCGUUUUAUUUUUAUUUAUUUUACAUUUGUUCACCGGGCUAGUCUAACUGGAUAUAUGUCCAUUUUCAGUAGAGGCCGUUUCUCCAACAAAUGACCCCUAUAUCCCACAAAAAAAAAACAAAUACAUUUCUACUACCGCUUCCCCCUCACUGUCCCCACCACAUUCAUUACAUGCGCACGCGUAGUUCCUUCGAGGGAUGUGUCUCGGACAAUUUCCUCUUUCAGGCCCGAUGCAUACAAAUCAAAGCAUUCACAAGUAGGUAAAUCAUUAUAUGUAGGUAUCACACAUUUCCUUUACCCCUGAAGAAACCGCGACACACUUUAUUAGUAUAUGACGGUAACAAUUACGAACUGGUCCACAACCUAGUCUCAAGUCCCUUUCAAUUUCUGGUGCGCAUGCUUGUCGCUAUAAUUAAAAAAAAAAUCUGCCUGAUGUUUGGGGACGCCCCUUAAAUGCAACGCGCGGUACUUUGUUGAAUUGUUGCACGUUAUUUGGGAAAACAGAGUCUGGGCCCCGGGACAGCUGUCUGUGAUCAGUUAUACCUGGUGGGCUGCACCAACUUGUCGCCGCCCUCUGUUAUACCCUGUUUCUUUUCCCGUUUUGUACCUCCAGUGCUUCCUCAUUGCGGCAGGUUUUGUUCUCGUACUGUUCUCGAUACCAACUGACAGGGGAGCGCGAGAUCUGUGUGUGUGGACUAAAUACAAUUCAAGAGGGGGACAAUACCCUCAACAGUCAGGACUUGCGACCCCAAAAGGGAAGGAGGGUUGAAGCCAACAAGGACAGUCGCACCCUAGAGAGUUGGAAGUCAUCAGCUGUAGUGAUGAUUUGAGCUGGACUUGAGUACACAACAGUUUUCUUUCUCCAUUGUCAAAAGCCCAUGUUGUGGAGGGAACCCUAGAUGCAGAGCUUCUAGUUUGACAGAGUGGACUUGUUUCCUGCAUUUUGCUAACGGCGUAAGGCUGGAUAUUGGCAGCAGACUUCCAGAUGCAAACUUCUGUUGUGCUGGUGUGGGUUUCCUGAGUUCAUUUGGCUUGGUGAAAAGCAACGAGAUCUCAUGAUACCUGCCGCCCUUUGACCACUUGAGGCUUUCUACACUAGUUUUCAACUGCUACAGUUCGAAGAUGUCUACAUCUCCGACAGUAUGGCCACCUGGCACAGAAUGCAUAGCAAAAUACAAUUUCCAAGGUACAGCAUCACAAGAUCUUCCUUUUAGUAAAGGUGAUGUUCUCACCAUCAUUGAAGUAACAAAGGAUCCAAAUUGGUACAAAGCAAAAAACAAAGUUGAGCGUGAAGGAAUUAUUCCAGCCAACUACGUACAGAAAAGGGAAGGUGUCAGAUCGAGUACUAAACUCAGUUUGAUGCCUUGGUUUCAUGGGAAAAUCACCCGAGAACAAGCAGAGAAGUUGCUGUUUCCACCUGACACUGGAUUAUAUUUGGUACGAGAGAGUACUAACUACCCUGGGGAUUAUACACUGUGUGUGAGUUGUGAUGGGAAAGUGGAACAUUAUCGAAUCAUUUAUUCGGACAGCAAGCUCAGCAUUGAUGAAGAAGCCUAUUUUGAUAACCUCAUGCAGCUUGUGGAGCAUUACACCAAAGAUGCUGACGGACUUUGCACACGCCUAAUCAAGCCCAAGUUAGUGGAGGGUACUGUAGCAGCUGUUGAUGAAUUUUCAAGAAGUGGCUGGUCCCUAAAUAUGAAAGAUCUCAAAAUACUGCAGAUCAUAGGAAAAGGAGAGUUUGGAGAUGUAAUGCUGGGAGAAUACAGAGGUAACAAGGUUGCAGUCAAGUGCAUAAAACAUGAUGCAACAGCACAGGCAUUUGUUGCUGAGGCAUCUGUCAUGACGCAGCUUCGGCAUAAAAAUUUGGUACAACUUUUGGGUGUGAUUGUUGAAGACAAAUCAGGCCUUUACAUCGUCACAGAAUACAUGGGAAAGGGCAGUUUAGUGGAUUACUUGAGAUCACGAGGAAGGUCGGUAUUAGGUGGUGACUGCCUACUAAAAUUCUGUCUUGAUGUCUGUGAAGCAAUGGAGUAUCUAGAAGCCAAUAACUUUGUACACAGAGAUCUAGCAGCUCGCAAUGUCCUUGUUUCAGAUGACAACAUAGCAAAAGUUAGUGAUUUUGGUCUUACAAAAGAAGCUUCUUCAGUACAGGACACUGGAAAACUGCCUGUAAAAUGGACAUCACCUGAAGCCCUUAGAGAAAAAAAGUUUUCUACAAAAUCAGAUGUAUGGAGUUAUGGAAUCCUUUUGUGGGAAAUCUACUCUUUUGGGCGAGUGCCUUAUCCAAGAAUUCCAUUAAAAGAUGUUGUUCCCCGAGUGGAAAAAGGCUACAAAAUGGAAUCCCCAGAUGGCUGCCCUGCUCCUGUGUACGAAGUGAUGAAGAGAUGCUGGCAUCUAGACCCCAACCAGCGGCCUUCCUUCAAACAACUACUGGAAUACCUACAACAGAUUAAAAAAGAGCUGUACCACCGAUGAGACUGUGCUUGAGAAGUGGUUCUGCUGUCUUUCUUAUUGCCAUUCAAGGAAAAAGACUGCUAAAUCAGUAAAACUGCUGGGCUUUUACAAAAAGCACCCUUCUUAAACCAUAUUUGAACUGUGCAUAUCUCCGCAACCCUACAGCUGGAAUUCCUUGCCAGUUUGUUCUUGUUGUGUGUGAAUUGAAAUCCAUUAACCUGUUCCUCUGUCCUUUCCAGGAAAAAAAGGAUGGAGGAAAAAAGAAGUAGCAUGUUACAGUCUGUUCCCAUAAUGUUUUUGUGGUAUUUAUCGCUCUGUGCCAAGUGCCUCCUGCCACAAAAACUCUGCUUCUCUGCUUCUAUGUAUUUUCAUACUUGACUGUAUUUGAACCAAAUAUAUCUUAGUAUCAUCACUGACAAUGGGGAACCGCACAGAACAGUUCAGAAGUGACACGGGUUAUUGUAAUGCGGUUUGGGAAAUUUUUGCUUGAGAUAAAUUUUAUGACUAUCAAAAAAGUAAAAUCUGGAAAUAAACAUUUGGUUAACUGAAUCAUGUUAAUUUAAAGCAAUUUGGUUUUGAUUCAACCCAGUACAAGGUUUGCAUGCUGCUUGGGAGGCCUUUCAUUCCUGUCUGUGCUUUACAUUUACCUUACAUGCCAACGGUGAGAUUAUUCUGUAAUAAACCAUUCCAUAUAAGUGA